AUGAACGUAUUUAAGGAUAUUAAAAGCAUAAUUCAAAAUACCUAUUACUGUCUCAAAAGAAAUCAAAUGGACUUCAUUGGUCAAAAAUUAGCUUUUUUAAUUAAGAACAUAAUUUUUAGUGUUAGUACAAUUCUAGCAAUCAGCGUUGGUUAUUAUUAUCAAAAUUUAGCUUUAAGUGCUUACAUAAUUUUGGCUGGAACCCUUAUAGCAAUUAUUUUAAUUUUACCUACUUGGCCCAUGUAUAAUAGAAACAAUAUUGAAUGGACAAAAGAUGAAGAUUCUUUAGAAAGAAAAAAGAACAAAUAA